GCUAACGGGCCGACGCCGCCAACACCCAAACACAGUGCGGCAAAACAGGCAAGUGGCGCUUAUCGUCUGUGUGUGGCCUCAACUACCAUAAUCUCUAAUGAAUGACUGCGCAAGAAGAAACAUGAGUCACGAAUGAGGUCUGCAGGAUGUCUUUUAAGAAGGAAACGCCCCUGGCUAAUGCUGUGUUUUGGGCAGCACGGAAGGGGAACUUGGCUCUGCUUCAGCUGCUGCUCAACAGCGGGCGUGUGGACGCAGACUGCAGAGACAGCUAUGGAACCACAGCGCUGAUGGUGGCUUCAUACAGUGGCCACUAUGAGUGUGUCAAGGAGCUUAUCAUGCAGGGAGCAGACAUCAACUAUCAGAGGGAGACAGGUUCCACGGCCCUGUUCUUUGCCUCCCAGCAGGGACACCAAGAUGUUGUGAAGCUCCUCUUUGAAUUUGGUGCCUCUACUGAAUUCCAAACAAAGGAUGGUGGCACUGCUCUCACUGUUGCUUGUCAGUAUGGCCACUCCAAGGUGGUGGACAUUCUCUUGAAGAAUGGAGCCAGUGUUCAUGACCAGCUGAAUGAUGGGGCCACCCCUCUUUUCCUUGCUGCCCAGGAAGGUCAUGUGACUGUGAUACGUCAGCUGCUGUCGUCUGGUGCCAAGGUUAAUCAGCCAAGGGAGGAUGGCACUGCCCCCCUGUGGAUGGCAGCCCAGAUGGGUCACAGUGAGGUGGUGAAGGUCCUCCUCUUGCGUGGUGCAGAUCGAGAUGCUGACAGACAUGACGGAUCAACAGCGUUAUUCAAGGCAGCUUUCAAGGGACACAACAGCGUCAUUGAGGAGCUCCUCAAGUUCUCGCCUUCCCUUGGCCUUCUCAAGAAUGGCUCCACAGCCCUUCAUGCUGCUGUUAUUGGUGGUAAUUAUAAAACCGUUCUACUCCUGCUUGGGGCCAAUGCAGAUCCCAACCUACCAAACAAGAACAAUGAACUGCCCGCAGACCUUACAAAGAGCGACCGCAUCCUUAGACUUCUACAUCCCAAAAUCUUAGACGCAGAUAGUUGAUGACAACCUCAGACUCCCGUCAUCAGAUCAUCAAGGGAAACGGAGCAACAACAAAGUGUCAAAUCAAUUCAACCAGAAAGUAUAAAUGGUGCUUGCUUUUGAUUGUCGGCUGAAAUGGAGUUGUCAUAUUUUGAUUAAACUAAAUAUAGAGAAAUAUAAUGGACGACCAAAAUGCA